GUGCUGUCACGAUUUUUCAAAAGAGGGAGGUGAGCUAAUUCUGCUAAUACGGACAAAAGUUUCACAAUUAUUGUGAAUCUUUUAUACUAAUUGGAAUUAGUCGUGAGACAAAGUGUUAAUUAACUUAAUUGACAUAAUCAUUUCCGUCUCCUUCAUUACAAGUGAUUCGAGUGAUUCUCGGCCACUCUACUCCGUCGGAGGAUCUAAAGCUCCGUGACUCCAUUGCGCUUCAUUAUGCAGAGAUGGAAUCGAAAGAAAACCCAUUUCCCUGCACUGGCAUCUCUCUUUGUUGUCCUAUUGGUGUGUUCAAUUCUCUAUAUCGAACGCAGCAUUCAACAAAUCGAUGAAGACCCAGAUCAUCAUCAUCAUCAUUCUCACCAGCAUAAUCAAGAAGUUCCUUCGGUUACAUAUGUAAAACCCAAUCGCGAUCGCAGCGCAAAUCGAGACCCAGAGGUUUUGGAUAGAUAUAGUAGAUGCAAUAGUACGAGGAAGUAUAGUGGGAGGAAAAUCCGGUGGGUUGACCCCAAAGUUGAAUCAAGUCAGCGGAGGCAAAGCUUGGAGAGCUGUGAUGUGUUCUCGGGUAAAUGGGUCUUUGAUAAUGUGUCGUAUCCACUCUACCAAGAGUCAAGUUGCCCGUAUAUGUCGGACCAGUUGGCUUGUCACAAGCAUGGAAGGUCUAAUUUGGGGUACCAGUACUGGAGAUGGCAGCCGCACAACUGCAAUUUGAAGAGAUGGAACGUGACUGAAAUGUGGGAGAAGUUGAGAGGGAAGAGACUAAUGUUUGUAGGGGAUUCCCUAAACCGAGGGCAAUGGAUUUCAAUGGUUUGUAUGUUGCAAUCAGUCAUUCCAGCGGAUAAAAGAUCCAUGACGCCAAAUGCCCAUCUAACCAUCUUCAGCGCAGAGGAAUACAAUGCGACUGUGGAAUUUCUUUGGGCUCCUCUUCUUGUUGAAUCUAAUUCUGAUGAUCCAGUAAAUCACAGAUUGGAUGAGCGAAUAAUCCGUCCAGAUUCAGUUCUAAAGCAUUCAUCAAAAUGGGGGCACGCUGACAUACUAGUUUUCAAUACGUACUUAUGGUGGAGACAGGGCCCUGUAAAACUUUCAUGGAGCGAUGAAGAACAUGGAAUUUGUGAAGAAUUGGAUGGGCUGGGAGCCAUGGAGUUGGCCAUGGGGGCUUGGGCUGACUGGGUUGCUUCAGAAGCUGACCAUCACAAGAAGCAGGUCUUUUUUAUUACCAUGUCCCCGACACAUCUAUGGAGCCGAGAGUGGCAGCCGGGAAGUGAAGGGAACUGUUAUAAUGAAAAAGCUCCCAUUGAGGAUGCAGGUUACUGGGGGAGCGGUUCUGACAUUCCUACAAUGCAGAUGGUGGAGAGAGUGCUCAGUACGGUGAGUUCAAAGGUGUCUGUUCUUAAUAUUACUCAUCUUUCCGACUAUCGGAGAGAUGGUCACCCUUCCAUCUACCGGAAGUUCUGGGAAACAUUAAGCCCUGAGCAAUUAGCCAACCCUUCGUCAUACUCGGAUUGCAUACAUUGGUGCUUACCCGGUGUACCUGAUGUAUGGAAUGAGCUGCUUUUUCAUUUUCUAUGAAUUGAAAUGUGCAUUGUAACGCUUCCAUUAUGAUUCCAUGCGGCAACGCAAAAUAGGGUUUUUCUUUUUUUUUUGCUCAUUGAUUGUUGCAACUGUGAUUUCAAUUUUCUUCUCA